AUGAGCCUCCCUGUAACGAACCUACUGGACAGCCCAGUUGGUGCCCGUUAUGUGCGUUUCGUGGUCCAGACCUGGAAUGAUCGCAUCGCGAUGAGAGUGGAGAUUGUUGGCUGUAACACGUCGACAUUCAACGACAAAUACUUCAUCGCAAACGCAUUCAAACUGAUUCAGCAGGUGGACUUGGGGGAAAUGAAGCGCGUCAUGGGCACCAUCGCUCAGGGACGUCUUUCUCAUGACCACCAAUGGGUGACGUCAUACAAACUCCUGUACAGCACGGAUCGAAUCACUUGGAUGACCUAUACCGACAUCAAUGGCUCAGAAAUCGUCUUUCCUGGCAACGCCGACGUGAGUCUACCUGUUACGAACCUACUGGACAGCCCAGUUGACGCCCGUUAUGUGCGUUUCGUGGUUCAGUCCUGGCAUAAUCGCAUCGCCAUGAGGGUGGAGAUUGUGGGCUGUAACACCACAGCAGCCCCCCUCCCAGCCUGUCCCCAACCACUUGGGAUGGAAUCUGGUGACAUACCUCAUGGUAGCAUCACUGCAUCAUCGACCUCAGCUAGAGGUCUCGAGCCUUUCCGCGCGCGGUUAAAUGGGGGAGCCGCUUGGGCAGCAGGUUACAACACCAUAGGGCAGUGGUUGCAGGUCUUCCCCGGCAACGUUGAUAUUAGCAUUCCUGUCACAAACCUACUCAACAGCCCAGUUGAUGCCCGUUAUGUGCGCUUCUUGGUCCAGUCCUGGCAUAAUCACAUCUCCAUGAGGGGAGAGAUUGUGGGCUGUAACACCACUGCAGUUCAACCAGUCUGUCCCCAAACACUUGGGAUGGAAUCUGGUGCCAUACCUGGAGGCAGCAUCACUGCAUCCUCGUACUACCGCGGUCGUCGCACUGUGUAUGUCGAACCUUACCAGGCGCGGUUAAACGGAAGACGCGCAUGGAAAGCAUUUUACAACCUUAUCGGACAGUGGUUACAGGUCUUUCCGGGCAACAUCGACAUGAUCCUCCCUGUCACGAAUCUACUGGACAAACCAGUUGAUGCCAGAUAUGUGCGUUUCGUGGUCCAGUCCUGGCAUAAUGGUAUCGCAAUGAGGGUGGAGAUUGUGGGCUGUAACACCACUGCGGUUCAACCAGUCUGUCCCCAAUCACUUGGGAUGGAAUCUGGAGCCAUACCUGGCAUUAUAGCAUCCUCAACCUAUACUCGUGGUGGUCGUAGUGUUGGUCUGGAGCCUGCCUAUGCGCGGUUAAACGGAGGACGCGCCUGGAAAGCAGGGUACAACCUCAUCGGACAGUGGUUACAGGUUUUUCCAGCUAACGUGGACAUGAGCAUCCCUGUCACGAACCUACUGGACAACCCAGUUGAUGCCCGUCAUGUGCGUUUCGUCGUCCAGUCCUGGAAUAAUCACAUUUCCAUGAGGGUGGAGAUUGUUGGCUGUAACACUACUGCAGUCGCGCCCGUCUGUCCGUAUCUUCUUGGAAUGGAAUCUGGUGCCAUACCUGAUGGCAGCAUCACUGCAUCUUCGUUCCAUCGUGAAAGUUCCUCUAGUUACGGUCUCGAGCCUCGCUACGGCCGGUUAAACGUCGCGCCUACACGCGCCUGGACAGCAAAGUACAACCUCGUCGGUCAAUGGUUGCAGGUCUUUCCAGGCAAUGUCGACAUGAGCCUCCCUGUCACGAACAUACUGAACAACCCAGUUGAUGCCCGUUAUGUGCGCUUUGUGGUCCUGUCCUGGAAUGAUCGCAUUGCCAUGAGGGUGGAGAUUGUGGGCUGCAACACUAUUGAUGCCCGUUAUGUGCGCUUCGUGGUUCAGUCCUGGCAUACUCGCAUUGCUAUGAGGGUGGAGAUUGUUGGCUGUAACACCAGUAAGUUUCAAUCUGGAUGA